UCUCAAAACAAAAUGAAAAUCCCUAUCUUAACUCUCUUAUUUACUACUGGUUUUCUUGCCACCCUCCUCCUGCCCGAGACCGUUUUGUCCCAAAAUUGUAAUUGUGCUCCAAAUUUAUGUUGUAGCAAAUACGGUUAUUGUGGCAAAGGAGAUGCUUAUUGUGGAAAAGAUUGUCGAGGUGGUCCAUGUUCUUUGCCAGCUCCUAACAAUAAUGCCAAUGUCCCCGGUAUAGUGACAUUGGCAUUCUUUAAUGGGAUUGUUGCAAAGUCUGCCGGCAACUGCCAGGGCAGAGGUUUUUACACACGAGACACGUUUCUUAAAGCCAUCAACGACUUUCCACGUUUUGGUAGGUCUGGUUCCAUUGAUGAUUCAAAGCGUGAAAUUGCAGCUUUCUUUGCUCAUGUUACUCAUGAGACCGGAUCCUUCUGUUAUAUAAAUGAGAUAGGAGGUCCUUCAAAAAACUAUUGUGAUAAUAGCAAGGCACAAAAAUAUCCAUGCAAUCCUAAUAAAAGUUACCAUGGGAGAGGCCCAAUGCAAAUCUCGUGGAACUACAACUAUGCUGAAGCAGGGAAGAGCCUCGGGUUCGAUGGGCUUAACAACCCUGAUAUUGUAGCUACAAACCAAUUGGUCUCUUUCAAGACUGCCUUGUGGUUUUGGAUGGACAAGGCUCAUUGGGAUUUUGUCUCUGGGAAGGGGUUUGGAGCUACAAUUGGGGUCAUCAAUGGGGUGGAAUGUGAUGACGGGAACCCAGGUGCUGUAAGCGCUAGAGUCACAUACUACACCGAUUACUGCAAGCAGUUUGGUGUUGCAACCGGCGACAAACUUAGUUGUUAGUCGUCGUUGCAACCCGUACCAGAUUGAACAAACACAUGUAGCUUAUUUUUGGUAUCUGGUUAGGGUCGGAGUUAUGGAUUCCAAUCGGGUUUAUAAUACUUAAUUACCUAUAAUAUUUGAAAUAAGUUCGUUCAUAGUGACAAAUAUUUUGCAUGAUAUUUGACACAAUGAAUAAGUUCAAAUAGUCAGGAAUAGACAAUGUAAAACACUAUAAUCUUUGUAUUAUAUACAACUUCUGAAACCUGUUCCACCAAAUGUAUCAAGAGGUAUAUUUCGCAGUCU